AUAAAUGUCAUUGUCAAUGUUUUGGCAAACGUCAUUGCGAGGAAAUAAUAGCAAUCAUUUCUUAAAAAAAUUACAUUGUAAUUUCUUCUGUUUCGUUGAUAAAUUUGUAAUAUGUCGGAUAACGACGAUGAUUAUAAUAUGUGUGAGGAGGAAGAGGACUAUGGUUUGGAAUAUUCAGAAGACAGUAACUCAGAGCCUGAUGUGGAUUUAGAGAACCAGUACUACAAUAGUAAAGCUUUGAAAGAGGAUGAGCCCCAAGCAGCCCUCCUCAGUUUUCAGAAGGUGCUGGAGCUAGAGGGUGGAGACAAGGGUGAAUGGGGCUUCAAAGCUCUAAAGCAAAUGAUUAAAAUUAAUUUUAAAUUAGGUAAUUUUACAGAAAUGAUGACUAGGUACAAGCAACUACUGACAUACAUAAAAAGUGCUGUAACUAGAAACCAUUCAGAGAAGUCAAUUAAUUCUAUUCUGGAUUAUAUCUCUACUUCUAGGAAUAUGGAACUCCUACAAGAUUUCUAUGAAACAACACUGGAAGCGCUCAAAGACGCCAAGAACGAUCGGUUAUGGUUCAAAACAAACACAAAGCUCGGCAAAUUGUAUUAUGAUAGAGGAGACUUUAAUAAAUUAGCUAAAAUAUUAAAACAACUUCACCAGAGUUGUCAGACUGAUGAAGGCGAGGAUGACCUCAAGAAAGGCACGCAACUGUUAGAGAUAUACGCGCUGGAGAUCCAGAUGUACACCGCACAGAAGAAUAACAAGAAACUAAAAGCGCUGUACGAACAAUCCCUGCACAUCAAGUCUGCCAUACCACAUCCGCUAAUUAUGGGAGUGAUUAGAGAAUGCGGUGGCAAAAUGCAUUUACGAGAAGGUGAAUUUGAGAAAGCGCACACGGACUUUUUCGAAGCUUUCAAGAACUACGACGAGUCGGGCAGCCCGCGCCGGACCACCUGCCUGAAGUACUUGGUGUUGGCCAACAUGUUAAUGAAGUCCGGCAUAAACCCGUUCGACUCGCAAGAGGCCAAGCCAUACAAGAACGACCCCGAGAUCCUCGCCAUGACGAACCUCGUUAUGGCUUACCAGAACAACGACAUCAAUGACUUCGAGUCCAUACUCAAACACAACAGAAACAACAUAAUGGACGAUCCAUUCAUAAGAGAGCACAUAGAAGACCUCCUGCGCAACAUCCGGACCCAAGUGUUGAUAAAGUUGAUAGGUCCAUAUACCAGGAUCCACAUACCGUUCAUAUCCAAAGAGCUGAACAUAGACGAGAAAGAGGUGGAGAACCUGCUCGUCACCUGCAUACUGGACAACACGAUCAGCGGGCGCAUCGACCAGGUGAACGCGGUGCUGGAGCCGCGCACGUGCCGCCGCACCGGCCCGGCUGUCCGCACGCCGCGGGCUUCCCCAUCCGUCGGAUACCUGUCUUGCGGCAGUUUGACGAUUUGUAAGGCUUAACUCGCAUGCGUCUUGUUUCCUCGGUGGGUGAGUUGCAUCUCUAUAAACGCUGCUUGGGACAUAGUUAUCGCUGUUACGUAUACCAUCCUUUCGACUUACGGGCGGAAUCUAUAGUGACAAGUGCGGUGGUGGCGGAUCGAUUGUAGGACUUAGCACUUACAUACAGUCUCGACACUGAGUUUGUUAAUUUGCGCAUACGCAUACUACAACAGUGUGGUCGUUUUGUAGUGCGAUUGUCGCAGCUGUGACAAACUUUACAAGGUUUUAGUCGUAGUCUUACAUGUGUUUCGUUUAAUUUGUCCUGCGAUAUUAUUGUGGGUAUUAUAUGUAACAUCUGUGCGCAAUAUGAAUCGAUUAAACUACAGUUGUUUUGUGGUUUGACUGGCAUAAAGUAAACCGCGUGAGUUAUAUCUGAGAGCACUACCCGCAAUGGUCGCACGGGCUCGUAAACGCACUUGGUAAAAUAUAUCUAAUUACGUGAUUUUUACGAUAUUUGUACUAUGAACAGUCCUUUUCUUAAAAGAAGUAUAGUGUAUCCACAGCCAUAGUCUAAUUCUCUUAUGCAUUGAAGAAUUAUGGGCAACAUGUAUUUGUGCUUUGUCUGGUUUAUUGUACUUUAUAUUAUAUAAAAUAAGAAAGAAAAAAUUUAACAAUGUAAGGCUCAAAAUUAGCUAUGUUUGCAUGUCAGGUCAGUGCAGAGCGACAAAAUGGCAACAAAGAACCUACAAUUUUAUAAAAAUGGAAACUGAGCCUCAUGUCCUUUGCCAUACAGGUGAUAUUGAAAUAACAAAUUGUAAGCAAGACUUUGUGUCGGUGUCUAACUUUCCUAUACCAAUAUCAGCAGUAUGUGUAAAUACAUAAGGUUCAGAAUUAAAAGUUAAUCAUAUAAAUCUUUUUAGCCUCACUAUGUCUGUGUAAACCCUAAUGUAUUUAGUAGCACACCAUUGUUUCAUAAGUUUUUGAUAUAUUCUAAAAUAAAAUUGGUUGUGUCUGGUGAAUUGCCAGACUAGCUUACGGUCCACUUGCAGUACGAUUGCCAGUGUGAGUCUAGGCCAAAAAUUGUCAAUAACCAGUGUUAAUAAAUGGAAUAUUAAUAUUUAA